CCAGCCAUGGGGUGUAGUGAGGUGAGGGCACUGCUCUGGAGAGUCGGCCUCCUCCUCCCCCUGCUGACAGCGCGCCCCGCCGCCGCCGGGCACGUCGCCAGCAACCACGUUGUGUUACUUGAUACUACAACUGCCCUCGGAGAACUAGGAUGGAAAACAUUUCCCUUAAAUGGGUGGGAUGCCAUAACUGAAAUGGACGAACACAACCGGCCCAUCCACACUUACCAGGUGUGCAACGUGAUGGAACCCAACCAGAACAACUGGCUGCAAACCAACUGGGUCUCCCGCGACGCCGCGCAGAAAAUCUACGUGGAGAUGAAGUUCACCCUGAGGGACUGCAACAGCAUUCCCUGGGUGCUGGGGACCUGCAAGGAAACGUUCAAUCUCUACUACAUGGAGUCAGAUGAGCCUCAUGGAGUAAAAUUCAAGCCAAACCAGUACACCAAAAUUGAUACCAUAGCUGCUGACGAGAGCUUUACCCAGAUGGACUUGGGCGACCGCAUCCUCAAGCUCAACACGGAAGUUCGUGAAGUUGGGCCCAUCAACAAGAAGGGAUUUUAUCUUGCUUUCCAGGACAUUGGAGCGUGCAUUGCUUUGGUGUCAGUCCGUGUCUAUUAUAAGAAAUGCCCGUUCACGGUCCGUAAUUUGGCCAUGUUUCCUGACACCAUUCCAAGGGUGGAUUCUUCCUCGCUGGUGGAAGUACGGGGCUCCUGUGUGAAGAGCGCUGAGGAACGUGACACCCCAAAAUUGUAUUGUGGGGCAGAUGGGGAUUGGCUGGUGCCUCUGGGACGUUGCAUCUGCAGUGUGGGAUAUGAAGAGCUGGAGGGUUCCUGUCAUGCUUGCAGGCCUGGAUUCUAUAAAGCGUUUGCUGGAAAUGUGAAGUGCUCCAAGUGCCCUCCACACAGUUUGACUCACAUAGAAGCAACUUCUGUCUGUCAGUGUGAGAAAGGUUAUUUCAGAGCUGAGAAGGACCCACCCACUAUGGCAUGUACCCGGCCACCCUCCGCUCCGAGGAAUGUGGUUUUUAACAUCAACGAGACAGCUCUGAUGCUGGAGUGGAGCCCCCCGAGCGACACGGGCGGGAGAAAGGACCUCACCUACAGCGUGGUCUGUAAGAAGUGCGGCUCGGACGCCAGCCAGUGCGAGAUCUGCGGCGGCGGCAUCCGCUUCAUCCCCCGGCACACGGGGCUCACCAACUCCUCCGUCACCGUGCUCGACUUCGUGUCCCACGUCAACUACACCUUCGAGAUCGAGGCCACCAACGGCGUCUCGGAGCUCAGCUUCUCCCCCAAGCAGUUCACAGCCAUCACGGUCACCACGGACCAAGACGCACCCACCUUGAUAGGUAUGGUAAGGAAGGACUGGGCUUCCCAAAACAGCAUUGCCCUCUCCUGGCAAGAGCCGGACUUUCCCCAUGGAGCAAUUCUGGACUACGAGAUCAAGUACUAUGAGAAAGAGCAUGAGCAGCUCAGCUAUUCCUCCACAAGGUCCAAGGCUCCAAGUGUUAUCAUCACAGGUCUCAAGCCAGCCACCAAGUAUAUAUUUCAUAUCAGAGUCAGGACGGCAGCAGGAUACAGCGGCUAUAGCCAGAAGUUUGAAUUUGAAACUGGAGAUGAAACUUCUGAUAUGGCUGCAGAGCAGGGACAGAUUCUUGUAAUUGCCACUGCUGCUGUGGGUGGGUUCACUCUGCUGGUCAUCCUCACUUUGUUCUUCCUCAUCACUGGCAGAUGCCAGUGGUACAUAAAGGCCAAAAUGAAAUCUGAGGAGAAAAGAAGGGCUCAUUUGCAAAAUGGACACCUACAUUUCCCAGGACUCAAAACAUACAUAGAUCCAGACACUUAUGAAGAUCCAUCUCUUGCUGUCCAUGAGUUUGCCAAGGAGAUUGAUCCUUCAAGAAUUCGUAUUGAAAGAGUCAUUGGGGCAGGGGAGUUUGGAGAAGUUUGCAGCGGACGUCUGAAGACACCAGGAAAAAGAGAGAUCCCUGUUGCCAUAAAAACUCUAAAGGGUGGCUAUAUGGACAGGCAGAGGAGAGAUUUCCUGAGGGAGGCGAGUAUUAUGGGACAGUUUGAUCACCCAAAUAUCAUUCGCCUUGAAGGAGUUGUUACAAAAAGAUCCUUUCCGACCAUUGGGGUGAAGUCUCUUUCGAGAUUCCUGAGGGCGGGAUUUUUAAAUAGCAUCCUGGCCUCUCAUCCAGUGGCAGGGGGUGGAUCUUUACCCCCCAGCAUUUCCUCUGGCAGACCAGUAAUGAUUGUAGUUGAAUACAUGGAGAACGGAUCCCUUGACUCCUUCCUGCGGAAGCACGACGGGCACUUCACGGUGAUCCAGCUGGUGGGAAUGCUGCGGGGCAUUGCCUCUGGCAUGAAGUACCUGUCCGACAUGGGCUACGUGCACCGGGACCUGGCGGCGCGCAACAUCCUGGUCAACGGCAACCUCAUGUGCAAGGUCUCUGAUUUUGGGCUCUCACGGGUGCUGGAGGACGACCCCGAAGCUGCCUACACCACAAGUGGUGGGAAGAUCCCCAUCAGGUGGACUGCUCCCGAAGCCAUCGCCUACCGCAAGUUCUCCUCAGCCAGCGAUGCCUGGAGCUAUGGAAUUGUCAUGUGGGAGGUGAUGUCCUACGGAGAGAGACCCUACUGGGAGAUGUCCAACCAGGAUGUUAUACUGUCCAUUGAAGAGGGCUACAGGCUUCCAGCUCCCAUGGGCUGCCCAGCUUCUCUUCACCAGCUCAUGCUUCACUGCUGGCAGAAGGAGAGGAACCACCGUCCCAAAUUCAGUGACAUUGUCAGCUUCCUGGACAAGCUGAUCCGCAACCCCAGCACCCUUCACACCCUAGUGGAGGAUGUACUUGUAAUGCCAGAUUCACCUGGUGAAGUUCCAGAAUAUCCUUUGUUUGUUUCAGUCAGUGACUGGCUGGAUUCCAUAAAAAUGGGUCAGUAUAAAAAUAACUUCAUGGCAGCAGGUUUCACAACUUUGGACAUGGUUUCAAGAAUGAAUAUUGAUGACAUUAGAAGAAUUGGAGUUGCACUCAUUGGACACCAGAGACGAAUAGUCAGCAGUUUACAGACUUUGCGGUUGCACAUGAUGCACAUACAGGAGAAAGGAUUUCAUGUAUGAAAGUAAUAGAAGCAACUGUGUUUUGUGCCUCAGCAUUUCUAAAAUGGAAAAAUAUUCUCAUUCUUCCCUCCUGCUCUUCCCAACUUCAAGAACUGCAGUCUCCAGUUCAGACUAUACAAGUACUUCUAUGUUAAUGCUUCCAAACUGGAAUUUUUAAUCACACUGCACAGCUCCUCCACCAGUUCUCUGCCGAUAAAAUCCUGGCCUACUGCAAGACUCUUGCUACACAUUGAUGAAUAACUCAGCAUGGAUGUGUAACUUUGUAUAACAGUAUUUGGGAAACUUUCAUGGACUUACUUGAAAGUAGUAAUCUAUUUGGCCUGGUGUGGCUUCUUUAUCGAUGUAUUUAGAAUUUGCUGGUAGAUCAAAAAGUAUUUGACUUCUUUCAUGUUCUGUGACCAUGUAACUUCCAACACCAAAUGUGCAAUCAAAAAGAAGUUUAACAUAAAUAUUUAUUUUCUCUCUUAAUUAAAUCCAAAAGUAUGUGUCCUAUCAUUACAUUACUUUCUAAUAGUUUGAAUGCUGGUAAGCUGGUGCCUCAAAACAUUAGUAUUGUUUGCAGAAAUGACUGAUGAUUUUAUGUAGUGAGUUUUCAUUGUGUGAAUAAUUGGAAGCAUAGUGAGAGUAAUCUGUUUGAAAUCUUAAGGAAGGUUCUUGAUUUUCAAUUACUUUAGCACUUGACACUUUUUAUGCUUUAAAUUUUAGAUGAGGUUGGAAAAUUUGUUUAUCCUUGGGAUUCCUCAUCACCCUACAACCCUUUUUUUUUUUUCAUGUAAUACUCAGCAUUUGCUUCUACUACUGGAAAACUUGUUGUAAUGUUCCCAUGACCACAUGUAAAACACGGUUGUCAGCUCUGUCAGCUCACACAGAUUUCAGAAGAGCCUUCUGUUUCAAACAUGCAGGUCUCUGCUGUUGGACAGGCAAUCAUCUCCAGCAGCAGCAGCAGAGCUCAGAGGGCCAGCCACGGGUGGGGUGAUGGGGUCAUUCCCGUGGGAACAGGCCAGCCAUAUCCUCUUCCAGCCAAGGACAGCAGUACAGCCGCACUGCUGCUGGAAGUUACAGGCUGCAGGAUGCAGUGACCUUGCACAAAGGCAGAAAAGGAGAUGCAGGACAGCAGUGUGGUAACAUGUUGCCUUGAGCCUACUUCUAACUGCUUUUAGAAGUUAAAAAGCAAACUCUGCUGAAAUGGAGCUCUGGUCAUUCCAGGCCAGAUCUUCAUUUAGUACAGAUCUCUAAAGGACGUCCGAGGUAUUACCUUUAGAACCCUUCAAUAGCCAUAUUUACAUGCAAGAAAACGUCAGCAAAGGCCUAACAUAAUAUUUGUACCUCUCUAAGACUUCCAGCUUCCAUGUUUUGUUCAGACAACUGACACAGACUGUGCUGGGCUACAUUUCCAAACUUUUGCAUGGGAUAUGCACUCCUGGGAGCAGGGCAGGAGCACAUGGCCGUGCUGUGGGAACCCCACGCAGAUCUACAAUGCAUGUCACAUGUAACCCUGUGCAGAUGCUUCUCUUCAUUCCUGUGUCCUUUGGAGGGUAGUUUUGAGUUCGUGGCAUUCCAAUGUACUCAAGCAUUGCAGCUCUUCUGUUAAAAUGUGCAUUUGGGUAAUUAGUAUAAUCUAUGUGUAUAUCAAAAGGAACUACUACUUUGUGUAAUCAUAAUGUUAUUUACUGCUUCAUUUACAGCUUGUAAAUCACAAGGUAUUUCCUAAGUCUUGGAAAAGGCUGCCAUUGUAGAUCAGUGACAAAGAAUGAAAAUCAGAAAGCAGCUCAGAAAAGAUUAUGCUUCCGACCAGAUCACAGAGUAAAACACACGAGGCCUGAUUCCCUGUUGUCAAUUUAUAGUGGAAUAAUUGCAUUAAUUUAGGUGGGGUAGCAGUAAUGCACUAAGUAAAUUUUUCUUUCUUUCUUUCAUUAAAAAAAAAGGGCAGCUGUAACUGAGGAAGGAGUUUUCUGAAGAUCAGGAGUCACUGGUGUUCUACAAUGCCAAUUUGAUGAGCUUGUUUAAAGAAGGGCAGCUUCAAUCCUAUUGUAGCUCCAAAGGUAAUUUUGUCAGCAGGAGUAUUCCCAUUGAAGUCAUCAGUCCAGCACAAGGAUGUGAGUUUUGCAGGAUCACAACCCUUCAGUGGGGAAAAAACCAUUUCUUCUUUUCUGUGACUGUCACUUGAAAAAUUCCGCCUGAAUUCCACAUCUGAAUCAUUUUUUUGGUAGAGGUGCUCUUACAGAAAAAAAACCAUACUUACCUGAAACCUUUUGAAAAAUACUGACACACUACAGAGUAAUUUAAAAGUGGAUUUUGCUUCAUCAUUUUAUCAUCCAUUUUGCCUUUCAUUGCUUCCAUGGCCAACACCAGGACAUCUGUGGAAUGAGCCUUUCUCACAAUUAAAUCCAUUACUGAGGAGGUAUGAGUCUGUUAUUUGUUAAUGAAGCUUCAAAAUCAUUCAUAGCUGACCCAAACCAUUAUGUGCACUUUUAGAUUGUCUUUUGCCAACUUUUUUCAUUCCUGGUAGUGAGGAUGCAGAAUUGACAUAGUUACAUGCACACAACCUGGAUAUAUUUAAUGAAAAUUAAUUUCUAAAUUUAUCACACUACUGAAAAUAUUUUUCAAUAGAAAAAAAAGUAUAACAAAAGGAACACAUUUAUUAAUCAGAUAUAUUUUUUAUAUAAACAAGAGUUUGGGUAACCAGGAAGGAAAGAACAAGGGAUUCUUUGAGUGAGCACAUUUGUUAAUAACAUUAUAAAUCCAGGAUUUUGUGGCUUUACACAGUUUUUUUUUUCUGUUGUUGUUGCUGUUGUGGUGCAGUAUGACACUUCUUAAUAGUUAUCUUGAUGAAAUUUACAUUUUCCCCAUUUUUGGAAAUGUUUUAUUUGCUCUUGUGCUGAUUUCUAGUCUAUUCUUGCUUUAGUUUAGGGAUUUUUUUCAUAUUUUUUUAUUUAAAAACAAAACAAAAAACAACCCUAACUGGUGUUAUUUUUCAAAUGUGAGCUUAAUUCUGUACAGGCCACAAAUGUAUAUGUGAAAUUAGAGUAACUUUCUUUGUUUGAAAAGAAAUUCUUUCUUCAAGAGAAAAUUAGUUUUUAUUGUCCUGCAUACUGCAGUGUGCAGCUGGAGUUUAAAUUUGAUAAAUUAAAGCAAAUUUAAUAGGCUGGUUUUGAGAAUCUGGCCCACAUUACAGAGUGCUUUAUGACUAAAAGUACCCAUUGAAAGUUCACAAAAUAAAGUGUCCGACAUGCAAGCAACAAAAAAAAAAAAAAAAAGAUGUUAUAAUGUGGAUGUGUAUAAAGAAAUAAUUCUUACCUGUUUCUCUGCAUUCAGUGAUAGCUCAUCCAUUCAGAUAUCUGUGCUUGGUCAGAUGAAUUUCAUGCCUUAAUUGUAUCCAGUCGUUUUGCUGAACCUGUGAAACAGAGAGGGCUCUUGUUCGUGAUGUUCAUGGUGUUAAAACUGAACAAGGCACAGCAGAAGGUUUAGUGGCAUUUACUCAUGAGGUGUUUGCACAUUGGAAUUACUGAGUAACAACGGGAAGCCAUGAGGCAAAAGGAAGAGAAUUGAACUACGUCAUUUAAAUUUUUCUCAAACAAAAUUUACCCUUUUUGAUGCCUGUGAACUUAAAUCCAGUCUCUAUCCAAUGAAAGCUUAGAAACAUGCCAUGCUUCAGGACAUCAGACAGCAUAAAGCAGUCCUUUACUUGCAAAUAGUGCACUCAACAAUAAAACAAAUUAGUUAGUAAAUUAGUCAAAUAAAUUUUGUGUCCAAUAUUCUAUUAGGUAUUACUUGGAUUAUUCUGACACAGACCUCAUAGACUGCAGUACUUUGAUUUUUACAUCACUUAAGACUGACAAUCCAUUUGCCAUUUUCAAUAUGAGCCUAACAGAGGGCUUCAUUAAUUUCUUUUUCAAUGCAGAUUCCUACAGGAUUCAUAAGUAACAAACAGACCCCCUUUAUCCAGAAUCAGCUGAGAUUUACCAUCAGGAAUAGCUGGGACUGUGGAGGUGCCUAGUGAGACUGCAUUACCCACACAAUUUCCAUGUCAGAAUGACCCCAUGGGACCACAUCAGCCACCAAGGUAAAGCAGCACAGAACAUUCUUGACCUUGUAUUGAAGAGCAGUUCCUCAUUUCCAGCUGGCCCUGUUGUGAACUGCAGCAGUUAUUGAACUGUUUUACCUCAGCUGAUGGAAUGGUGCUGUGGGACACAUUCUGGCAGCUCAGAAUUCUUUUCCAAACACAGGGCACCUGUAACUACCCCGCCACGGGCUCACUCUGUCUUGGAAUAUUCCUUCAGAGAGUGAAAAGCAGGACUUGCCUCUAAUCCAGUCCAACAUUUUUUCAGUUAAAAUCGUAAUAAAAAAUCUGUCUUCCAUUGCAUCUUCCAGGAAAAGUACUAAAAAUAGAGACACUUGUGGCAUUUGCACAUGCUUGAAGAUCUCUGUAUUCCAUUAAACAGUUUUCUUCCAGAAUACCCUUGUUCACCAACUGUAAUGAAUCUUUCCUGAAUAAAUGACAAAGAUAAUUUCUUUUUUAUAAUAGUCCUAUAAUUAUUUUUUGAGAACGAGGGAAAGAUGUGUUGGGCUGGGCUAAUUCUUAGUAGGACAACAAUCUUGAAAUCUCCUGGGGAGACAAAUGAAUCAGCUCUGAAAAGGAAAAAAAAGCUCCCUAAAACCUACAAUAAGGUAAAAAGGGAAGAACUGUCCAUACUGUGCCAAGGAGCUCUAACAAAAACCCCAGAGCUGCACAAUACAGUGCCAAGUACUUACAGCUGGCAAAAUUUUCCACCAUCACAUCCUAUAUUUAGUAGUGCACACUGCCCAUCCAUGAGUGUUGUAUAUAAUUCCUCAGAUCAUGGACCAGGAUAUGGUGAACAUGU